UUGCUACAUUAAUUCGUUUACAAAUUUCAAGCGAAAGUAUUAUUGUGAAACAGUAAAAAAAUAUUGAUAAAAUGUCAGUUAUUGCAAUUAUCCAUCAUGAUGAAAACAUUAAUAAAAUCAUCGAAAAGUCAUCAACUCAGUUUGAGGGUGCAACUGUAUGUUACAAAACCCAGCUACGUGGGAAAAUGAAAGCUAGUCCUGUGAAAAAAAUUACCAUUAAGCCAUAUGCAACAAUGGGUCUGCCUCAAGAAAAUACAACAGAUCCAUGUGAAUUUUUAAAAAAACAAACAGGGAAACUGUCUUACAGUCAGGAAGAACAAAUUAAAGCAACCGAUGAAAAGCAUGUGUGUAAGAGAAAACCAAGAAUGUUUGCUACUAAAGAGGACAUUAUAAAUUAUGAUAACAGAAAAAAUAAAGCCGCCAAUUCAGUGAAGAAUUUUAUCUCCGAAAAUAUCAAAACAGUUUUAAAAAUGAAGCCAAAGGAGCCUACACCAAAAGUUGUUGUAGAACCUUAUGGAAAAACAAAGCGUUUGUGUGAUGGUUUAGAACCAAUUUAUAUAAAAUCAGAUGCUUUUGGUAAAACACCUAGUUACCUACAAGUAUUCAUUAAACAAAGAGAAAAACUACAUCAAAUGCAAAAAGAUGCUACCGGUGUUGAAAAGCCAAAGUGUCGAUACAUAAGGAGAGACGAACGAGAACAGUUAUUGCAGGGCUUGAAACACAACUGGGGGGAACUUCAACAACAAUAUCAAGGGCUACCUAUCCUCACAGAUACUAUACCUAAGAUUAAUCGAAAAUCUAAACUUGAAGCUGAACUUAAACAACUCGAAAAAGACAUAGUGUUAGUGGAAAGGCAUCCUUAUAUUUAUGUGUACGAUGAUAAUGUAAUUUCAGUUAACUAAUAAAAUGAUUAUUGUU